AUGGAGCUUACAACAAUUCGUUCCGACAUUUUCAAAUGAAUAUACUCGUAAUGUUGAAAUUACCAGAAUUUCCACCACUACUAGAAUGCGGGUUACUUUACUCAUAAUCUGCCCUAUUUUUCUUGCAUUUGCAUUGGUCGAUUGUAAUGUAUUCACAAGUAUAUCGACGAGCUUCAAAGCAGUCAAAGAGUUUUUAUUCAAUCCGAAGAAGACUGUGGGGAAAAAUGAUAUCGAUUUUUUUCUAUACAGUAGAAAAUUUUGGAGGAGUGCAAGAUCUGAAUUAACCCUAGCUGAUAUGGCAUUGACCAGAGGAAAAAUUUUCUUUAUUAUUCAUGGUUAUAUGUCUGGGAGGAACUACACUUGGUAUCAAAAGCUCACUGAAAGUCUAUUGGACAAAUAUGAGGAAUCGUUAGUUGCACAAGUUUCCUGGGAAUCUCUAGCCGCUGAAUUCUACCUUACAUCAUCUAGGUACACAGAAGAUAUCGGUAGAAGAAUUGCAGAGAUGAUAUACACCCUCGAAGUGCAAUACAAAGUAUCUUCAUCAAGGUUCGUUCUGAUUGGUCAUUCCUUAGGGGCUCAGAUCUGUGGUUGGGCAGGCAGAACAUACGCGCAAAUAACAGGAAAGAAGAUUGAAAGAAUCAUCGCUUUAGAUCCAGCCCAACCCUUUUUCAGGAAAACAGCAGAAUCUAAAAAGUUGAACCCCAACGAUGCGAACGUGGUCUUUGUUGUGCACACUGAUAAAUUCUUGGGGUACAGAGAUGCUUGCGGAACCAUAGAUUUCUUUGUCAAUGGCGGGUCUUCACAGAAAAUAUGCAGGAACGUCACUAAGAUUCAAGAUAAAGUGUAUUGUGAUCAUACAAGUGCGCACACAUAUUUGAUUCAAGCCAUGGAACAUCCAGGAUUGUAUAUCGGUCUGAAAUGUCCAACUGUGGAACAAUGCAGGCAGGGUUAUAUAGUGGUGGGAGGAGAAUUUGUUUCUAUGGGUGACCUUGACCUAAAAGCCAAAGGAUUAUUUUAUGUGGACACUCCAGAUAACAAAGCACAAGGAAAAUGAUCCAACCACACUCUUAAAUUUGCAUCUUUCGAUAUUAUCAAAUAAUUGGAAUAUAAUGAUGUUUACUAUUUGAAUUUCCUUAACUUUCUUCAGUAUAACCGAAGCCACUUAUUAUUAUUGGUUGGUGAAAUAUAUAAAUUCCAAUUUUUUAUUUUUCAAUAUACCACAAUGUAUACAUAAGAAAACACUUUUGUGCAAUUCUGUUUCCGAAAAUAAACUUUGAAUAAUUUUUUUAA